GCUGACUCGUCAUGGAAACCGAGAAGAUAGAUAAGUUCUUCCUGGCGACAAGCAUGCUGACCGAGCCAUUGGUUGCCUACCUUCGCCAGCAGUGGCCCAAACCAACGUGCCUCGUCUCUGACUCGAGCAAUCCCUGGACGAGGGAUGUCGCGCGCGAGCUAGGCCUGCUUCGCUUUAUUUUCCACGGGCCCUCCUGCUUCUUCCUCCUUUGCAGCCACAAUGUUCACGAAUACGCAUCCUCCGGAGAUGUUCCCGGCGACUUCUUCCAGCCGUUCUUCGUCCCCGGCUUGCCUCAGAAAAUAGAGGUGGUCAGAGUGCAGGCUUUGAGGUUCUUUGACUACCCCGGGUGGGAGAAAUUUCUAGAACAGAAAACGGAGGCCGAAGCCACGGCUGAUGGGCACAUCAUCAACACCUUCCGUGAGUUGGAGUCUCCCUUCCUCGACCACUACCAGAGGGCUCUCGGCAAGACGAUAUGGCAUAUCGGACCGGUGAGCCUCUCCAACAAGAAACCCGAAGACGCAAUCUUUCGCGGCGACAAGACUAUAGCCGAAGAGGCGCGGCGGAUUUCCAAUUGGCUCGACGCCAAGGACACGGCUUCCGUCAUCUAUGUCAGCUUCGGGACGAUCGUCUCGAAUAGCCCCUCACAUACCUUGGAGAUCGGAACUGGGUUGGAGGCGUCCAACCGGCCGUUCAUUUGGGUGAUCAAGCAGUGGGACAUAUUGCCGGAGGUGGAGAAAUGGCUGCCGGAGUUGGAGGAGCGAACGAGGUCCAGGGGGCUGAUACUGAAGGGGUGGGCGCCGCAGGUGAUGAUUCUCUCCCACCCCUCCGUAGGGGCAUUCCUAACGCACUGCGGCUGGAACUCGACGCAGGAGGCGGUGUCCCUCGGAAUUCCCAUGAUCACGUGGCCGCACCUUGCGGACCAGUUUCUGAACGAGAAUUUGGUGGUGAAGGUUCUGCAGACCGGCGUGGCGCUGAAGCCCCAAAUGAAGACGCUCUAUGUGUCGAGGGAGAGCGAGGGCUUGAUCGCGCGAGAGGACGUGGAACGGGCGAUAGAGGCGGUGAUGGAUGGAGGAGAGGAGGCGCAGGCGAGAAGACAGAGGGCGAAGCAACUGGCGAUCGAGGCGAAGAAGGCGAUGGAACCUGGCGGGUCGUCUUACGAGAGCUUAACGCUAAUGAUUCAGCAUGUUUUAGACGCGACUUCUGUUAAGCUACAUGAUACGGAAACAACAGUGAGAUAAAUAAAUAGAAGAUAAUUAUUUUAUUA